AGGCGAAGCAGAAGAGAGAUUGGGAUCGAGAUUUAAGGGCCGGCGAACAAGGACGACGCUCAGAGAUUUCCGUCGGAAAAAAAAAGGUUGUUAUAUGGAUUCCGCAACACCGAGGCCAGAGGUUUCUCAAGAAUCUGCUAGGGAGUCACUUAUAGCAAUCUCUCAGUCUAUUCCAGAGAAUACCUUCGCCACCGAAGAUUCUACACCUGUGAAAUCAGCUGACGCCAAUGGCUCUGGCUUAAAGGAACACAUUGGAAGUGGCUCGGAUGACUUCCGAUCAAUGCUAAUCUCCAUAUCAUAUGCUCCACCAUCUCCGGAGGCUCAACCACUACCAGAAGCUCAACCGUUGCCGCCUACUCUGGAAAACCCUGCCACCUAGUUAACUAUUUCUGCUUGUGUGGACCUCUGUACUAUUAUCAAGGAUGCAUGCUUGUAUUUGCUUUGUAUGAAAUAAUUGAUUUGCAAUAGCCCUUUGUUUAAUUUGAUGAA